AUGUCUAAAUACGCCUGGUACACAAGAGUGACAGACGCUGCUCAUCGUUUGACGGUUCUAUCUCUCGUAGGCGGAACCAUGUACAUGGCUGGUGGUUUAGUGUACACCAUGUAUACCAAUGGGACAAAAUACGAGCAACAGGUCACCCAAAAGACUUCCGAAACGGAGACUAAAAGCCUUCAGUGA